GUUAUCCGUUUCGAGGCCGUCAAAACCCGAGCUAAAAAAAAGGGGUAAAAGAGGAAAAAAAGUUACGCUACCGAAAACACUCCUUUCUGCGUUCUACAAAGUGAGACAAAACUGCAAAUUACAUACAAUCUGCGACCAACGAGCAACGGUCCAAACGGCAAAGUGAUAUUCUCUACCGUGCUGCUUUAUACUGACUAGUACCCUCACAACAGAGACAUCAUGAGUUCGGAAGAGAGCACAGAUAAACAGCAGACGACGGUACUGGCGGAGGUGGCCGAAGAUCAGCCGACCGAGGAGACAACACAGCAAGAACAGCAACAGUCCGUCAUUGAGCUAGAGAAGCAGGAGGAGGAAAAAAUGAAGGCCAAAUACGGUGCAAACGUUGGUCUGGGUGGUCCCCGUGGGCUCGGUGGCCAUUCCGCCUUCCUUCAGAAGCGUUUGCAGAAGGGCCAGAAAUACUUUGACUCCGGUGACUACCAGAUGGCCAAGCAGAAGGGUGGUGGAGUGAAGCAGGUAUUUGCGAACAAAGUCCCGACCGGUGAGGCGAUACCAACACCCGAGACGGUCCCGGUGCGGAAGACGUCUAUCAUUCAAACUUGCAACAAAUUUCAAAGCUAAGUGCGACGCUCCCCGCCCGCUGUGUAUGAAAAUGGUGGUUGGUUGCCUGCGAGGCUUGAGAUGAGCAGGGAGGAGGUAAUACUUUGGCGCUAUAUCCAUUACUUACUUUCACUUCAAUUCUACUCUAUGUAUAGAAUCGCACCCAAUAGCUCCUCUUUUCUUAGAUGCCUUACCAUAAUUCGUAAAUAGUCCUGCGAGGCAUCCGGAUGCUGUCCUCCAACUCUGGACCAUGAUCGUCUGCUUAGCAUGCGGUUUGUUCAAAUUUCUAAGUAAAUUCAAAGGCAAAUUGAUUAGUUUCCAUAGUAACUUCUUCCUUCUGCUACUCGAACCGAACCGGUUGGGCAACCACUGAGGCGUAUGUUUCUUUGAGGAAAUCCAUUUUAAUAUAAGUUUUCCUAUUCAUUUGAACUAAUGGUAAAAAAAAAACAUUUUCUUUUAAUAUUGGUAAUGUACUUGUAAAAUGGUAGUGAAGUAGUUGCGUGUAUCCAACAGCGUGGCAGACCCGUGUGAGAGAAGGCAGUACCCUUAUAUACAUGCAUGAUAACGGAACGGUUUGUUCCACAGUUUUUGGCCAACGAUAUGUGUCCCGUGGCCGUGCGCGAGUGGGUUUUGAUUGUUUGUAGGCUGUGCGCUUCUGGUUCAGCUCGAAAGGAGCGCCCCAAGAUGUGGUAUUGCAAAGUUUUCCAUGUCCGUGUCGGAGAGGCAACCGCGCAAGAAGUCGACAGAAGAUAGAGAUUUCUGGCGAUUAGGCAAGGAAGUGUAGGAGAACGGAAUGGCUGGACCGUAUGCAAAAGAAGCGCAGGGCUGAGAAGAGUAUGAUGGAUAAUGAUGAUGGUGGUUAGUGAAAGGAUAGCUACAGAAAUACACUCACGAAUAAAACUGGUGGUAGAAGGUAUUUUGUUAAGGAUACUGACUAUAGUGGUAAAUUGUUAAAGAAGAAAUACACGUACGAGUGCGGUGAUAAAUGCCAGAAAAAAGAUAUGUAAAAUACAAGCGCAAUCUCGCGUCCGCUAGUGGA